GCGCCAUCUUCCCACGAUUUUUAUUUAAUUUCUCUCUUCUUGAUUCUUGAAGAUACCCAAUAUCGCUGAAUUAUGGAAGAAAUUGGCAUUGCUGUCACUCCUAAAAAGGAAGAGGUAGCAUCACCGAGUGAAUCAAGACCAACAUCAACAGGGUCUGGAUUAGAGAAUAUAGCCACAGAUGAUCUCUAUUCGAGAUACAAGAAAUUACAACAGCAGCUGGAAUUCCUAGAAGUACAAGAAGAGUACAUCAAAGAUGAACAGAGAAAUCUCAAGAAAGAAUUCCUUCAUGCCCAGGAAGAGGUCAAACGUAUUCAGAGCGUUCCACUUGUCAUCGGUCAGUUCCUAGAGGCUGUUGACCAGCACACUGGUAUUGUAGGGUCAACAACAGGUUCUAACUCCUAUGUACGUAUCCUGAGUACGAUAGAUCGUGAGUUGUUGAAGCCAAGCGCCAGUGUCGCUCUUCACAAGCACAGUAAUGCAUUGGUCGACGUCUUACCGCCAGAAGCUGAUAGUAGUAUUAUGAUGCUGGGUACAGAUGAGAAGCCUGACGUGGUGUAUUCAGACAUUGGUGGUAUGGACAUGCAGAAGCAAGAGAUACGUGAAGCCGUCGAGCUCCCUCUAACUCACUUUGACCUCUACCAGCAGAUCGGUAUUGAUCCUCCGAGGGGUGUGCUUAUGUUCGGUCCUCCCGGGUGCGGUAAAACCAUGUUAGCUAAGGCUGUAGCGCACCAUACAACAGCUGCAUUCAUUCGAGUGGUUGGUUCGGAGUUUGUUCAGAAGUACCUUGGUGAAGGACCUCGUAUGGUGAGGGAUGUGUUCAGACUCGCUAAAGAGAAUGCCCCGGCGAUCAUCUUCAUUGAUGAAAUUGAUGCCAUCGCUACCAAGAGAUUCGACGCUCAGACCGGAGCUGAUCGUGAGGUUCAAAGAAUUCUUCUAGAGUUACUCAAUCAGAUGGAUGGCUUUGAUCAGAAUGUCAACGUUAAGGUUAUCAUGGCAACGAAUCGAGCCGACACCCUUGACCCCGCCCUAUUGAGACCGGGCCGUCUAGAUCGUAAGAUUGAAUUUCCACUGCCGGACAGACGUCAGAAGCGUCUUAUCUUCAGUACCAUCUGUGCUAAGAUGAAUCUAUCUGAUGAAGUCGAUCUAGAAGAUUACGUAGCAAGACCAGACAAGAUAUCAGGAGCUGAUAUCAAUGCUAUCUGCCAAGAGGCUGGCAUGCAAGCUGUGCGUGAGAAUCGGUAUGUCAUCCUGGCAAAGGACUUUGAGAAAGGCUACCGGAACAACAUCAAGAAGGACGAGACUGAACAUGAAUUCUACAAAUAAACCAUCAAUGAAUAGGGGCCGGUAUCACAAAACGUAGCAACUGUCUUGCUAUUGAUUGUCUUACGAUUGAUCGUACAUUGUAAUCAAUGCAAUCAAUUGUAAAGAAAUGGUUCUACAAUCAAUUGUUCAGUUUUGUGGAACAAGGCCUAGGCAGAGAUUAAUUUAAGCAUAAUAACUAUGUGCAGACUCCCAAAGGCAGUUUCAAUUGUAUUAUGGUAUAUGUAGAUUUUGUAUGCAUGAUUACACUAAUUUCAUCAUGCAUAAUGAGUAAAGUCUGAUAAUUCAAUGUACGCUUUUUGCAAAAGGCGCUAAAUUCGUGCUUGAAUGAAUCACGAUAGUACGAGAAAUCUACACAGUUCAUGGUCUUGUGCCAUGUGUCAAUUGAAACCUCCUUUGAGAAUAACGGCCUUUUUGUCCACAUGCGGUCUAGACGUGAAAGGAUUAACCUUAACUCCUUAUACCUUGGUCACAUUUGUCCUACGGCGAGUCGAAAACAGCCGUUUUAACCAUAUUGUGUACCAACUACGGCCAAAUCGUGGUUUUGGGAACCACUUGUAGAUUUGUGUACGCACACUUGCGUACAAAGUGAAUGGAGGUGGAAAUAGGGAACCGUGCGUGUGACUGAAUAAAACGCUGCUGUAUGAAGUGAACGGUGGUUCCCAAUAUCACGAUAAUGCCCCAACUACAUAUAGGUUGUUUGAAUUAAAAUUAGUAAAACGGCUGUUUUCGACUCACUGUACGCCCGCCGUAAAGCGAAUGUGACCAAGGUAUUACUAUAAUGGGCUAGUUUAAGCACCUCUCUGAACAGACCGACACCCUCGUCCUCACAAUCUUAGAUGUGAGCACUCAUAUUCAUAGAACCUGAUCACAAAAGUCAAUUGUAAACUCAGAAAAAUUGGGGCUACAUUCAACAUUUCUGCAGAAGCAUAAAUAUAUCAAUUCUAAAUUUAUUUCAAUGAUAUCAUUAUAAAUGCCUUCCAUUUUGACCGAGAUCAUCAGCACUGCUCUUUGCGAAAAAGCAGGGAUCCCAAUUUGACCUCUCCCCCAGUCAAAGUACAAACCUCCUUGAAAUGAAGAAGCAGAGAUGUUGCAUCUAGGAUUUAAAAAAUGAUCAUUUUGCUGUGGCAAAUUAAAAAAUAAACAUACCCAUAGUAAUUCAAGAUUACAGGAUGAGUACAAUGUUGUUUACCGUGCCAUUUAUCAGUAAUUACCACUCACCACCCGGGAGAAAAGGGCAGCUCGUAUUGUCCAAGGCUUGAAAGCUGUCUUCUUAUUCUUCUCUCUUUAGAGCUUCAAGAUGGAAUAAUCAGUUUUAGAUAUGUUUAAUUAAUAUAAUUCAUUCCUUUUUGUUAUUAUGUUUCAUUGUGUAUUGAUAAAUUUCAUUAAGUAAA